GGUGGUCGUGGUCGUGCCUCCUUCGACUGCCAACAGCAAAUACCUUCCAACCACGAUCUUCCUCUAAUUAUUUCCUCCAGGAGAGUUAUAUAACUCAGCAUCCAGUUGCGUCUACGACUUCUAAUUAUUUUUUAUUCUUUGCUUCUUAAGGUUUCUCAAUUCGUUCCUUCAACUUUGCUAUUUAGUGGAUGUUUAGUGGAAAACUCAAAACCAUCAAUAGUUUGAGGAAGGGUCGUAGUGGCACACGUGCUGGGAUUACGCUCAUGCAAUUCGUAUAUAGAAAACAAAAUCAACAAAACAAGAAAAGACGUAGGUUCCUCUAGCUACAAAAUACAUCAACUUUUGCCUCCGAUUUUGGUAUUUUAUUCUCUCUCUCUCUCUCUCUCUUUUAUGUCAGUCUCCUCUUUUACUUUGUUAAUCUAUUGCUUUUUGCGCAUUCCAAAUCCCUUUAUCAUUGGAUUGUUGAUUUUUUGGCUUAAUUAUUUUGUUGAUCUUUUUCCUUUAAUUGUUUAUUAGCAAUUGUUCCCCUUAAAUUCACUGAUGCUAGGAAUAAGGACUAGAAGUUAUC